AUGAAGUCCCUUGGCACCUUCUUUGGAAUUGGAGACAACACCUCCUCCCGCCUUCUCGCCCGGUUCAACAUCCAUCCCACUUGCCGCGUCGGCGAGCUCGCCAACAAGCAGGUUCUCGAUUUGACCGCCGUGCUUUCGGAUAUGAAGAUUGAGAACGAUUUGCGCCGAGAGGUGCUCAAUGAUAUUAAGCGCUUGAAGGAGACCGGAACCUACCGUGGCCGUCGACAUGCGCUUGGUUUGCCCGUGCGAGGACAGCGAACACGCACACAGAUUAAAACCCCUGUCAAGUUGAACCGUAUGGAGCGCCGUCUAUAA